UCUUUCUGUGCACUGCCUAGAUGGCUGAUUCUGACCCUGGGGAAAGACACUAUGACAACAUGCUGAAAAUGCUGUCAGACCUGAAUAAAGACUUGGAAAAGCUAUUGGAAGAGAUGGAAAAAAUCUCAGUGCAGGCCACGUGGAUGGCCUACGACAUGGUGGUGAUGCGCACCAACCCGGCGCUGGCGGAGUCCAUGCGGCGGCUGGAGGACGCCUUCCUCAGUUGCAAGGAAGAGAUGGAGAGGAACUGGCAGGAGCUGCUCAGCGAGACCAAGCGCGCGCAGUAGG